AAGCAGUUAGCUCAGGUGCUUGAAUCAAAUUGUUGAAGUAAUAAGAUUAAAAAUGUUAACAAAUUAAUUCCAGUGAGCUAUCUGAAAUCAAAUAUUGCCUCUCAACCAUCAUACCCCUAAUUACACAACAGGUGUAUGGUCCAUUUGAAAUUCAAUAGUGGGAAGGGGUCUAUUAGUCUUGUCACUGUUGACAGGCUAUUAAUUAUUCGGCCAUUAGCUCAAUGAAAUCGUUAAUUGAAUAAUAAUUAGGAGUUGUUAGAUAUUGUUUUUUUAAUUUUUUAAUUUUUUAAUUUUGAUAAUGUUACGCUAACAGAAAGCUUUCAGCUACCUGCAUCGUAAUGUAUAAUAUCUAGUAUAAAUUAAAGCUGAGGCUGACUUUGAACAUUCAAUCAUGACUCUGACAGAAUAAUUUUAAUUACAAAUAUUAGGAAGGAAAGUUCAAUGAUAAUGUGAGGAAAUACCUAAUAUCUCUAUUAUAUGAAGGGAAAAUUUAAUGGUAACAUGAGGAACUACUUCCUAAUGUCUCUGUCAUAUGAAGUUGCAGAGAAGGAUGCAGAAGCCUGUGCUAAGAAGUGAAAUGGUUUUCUGAACAUCCCAUCCUUCUUCUGCUAAUCAUUCUUCCGCUCACCUUUCUUAGCCUUUUCGUACGCCAUCUUGUUUUAGUGAAUCUUUUAAUUUCUAAAGCACAAAUGGGUAGUGUACUCUCCAUCUCAAUAUCAAUCUCGCCAAUAGACCUUGUUGGCUGGUGGAAAUUGCUUACUGGGCGAGCUAACAGGGUUGAGGGAAGACCAAGUGAACCAACUGUAGGUUUGGAUACUAUGUUACAUAAGGUUUGGAACUGCCUCAUGAAAGAAGAUGUGGGAAUUGUUGGCUUAUACGGGAUGGGAGGCAUCGGUAAAACAACUGUCUUGACCCAAAUCAACAACAAGUUCCUGAAUAGGUCCCAUGGUUUUGAUGUUGUUAUUUGGAUUACAGUGUCAAAAGAUUUAAGACUUGAGAAGAUUCAAGAAGAGAUUGGGGAAAAGUUAGGCUUUUCGGAUGAUCAGAAAUGGAAAAAAAGAAUACUUGAUGAGAAAGCUAUAGACAUCUAUAAUGUGUUACGGAAGAAGAAGUUUUUAUUGCUGUUAGAUGAUAUAUGGGAGCGAGUUAACCUGAUAAGAUUAGGGAUCCCUCGGCCGGAUGGGAAAAACAGGUCCAAGGUAGUAUUCACAACUCGUUCUGAGAUGGUAUGCAGCCAAAUGGAUGCUCACAAGAAGAUUAAAGUGGAGACUUUGGCCUGGACCGAAGCUUGGAAACUGUUUCAGGAUAAGGUUGGGGAAGACAACCUUAACAUACAUCCUGAUAUUCCUCACCUAGCUCAAGCUGUUGCUAGAGAGUGCGAUGGUUUGCCAAUAGCACUCAUUACCAUUGCUCGUGCUAUGGCCUGCAAGAAGACACCUCAGGAAUGGAAUCAUGCCCUUGAGGUCUUGAGAAAAUCUGCCUCAGAACUACAAGGUAUGAGUGAAGAGGUCUUUGCACUUUUGAAGUUCAGUUAUGAUAGUUUGCCAAAUAAGAGACUUCAAUCUUGUUUCUUAUAUUGUGCCUUGUUUCCUGAAGAUUUUAAAAUUGAUAAGGAUGACCUGAUAGAUUACUGGAAUUGUGACGUAAUCUGGAACCAUCAUGAUGGCGGUAGUACUCCAAGUAGUGAGGGAUCCAAUAGCAGGAGCACCCUUUUGCUUGCACACUUAUUGAAAGAUGAAACUUAUUGUGCACGUAACGAAGGGUAUGAAAUAAUUGGUACUCUUGUUCGUGCAUGCUUACUGGAAGAAGAAGGCAAAUACGUGAAAGUUCAUGAUGUGAUUCGCGACAUGGCUCUGUGGAUUGCCUCCAACUGUGCAGAGGAAAAAGAACAAUUUCUGGUGCAAGCAGGCGUUCAAUUAAGUAAAGCACCAAAAAUUGAAAAAUGGGAAGGGGUGAACAGGGUGUCACUGAUGGCAAACUCCUUUUAUGAUCUUCCGGAAAAGCCUGUGUGUGCAAAUCUGUUGACUUUAUUUCUCUGUCACAAUCCGGAUUUGCGCAUGAUCACCAGUGAGUUCUUCCAGUUCAUGGAUGCACUAACAGUUCUAGACUUAUCAAAGACUGGAAUAAUGGAAUUACCUCUUGGAAUUUCGAAAUUGGUUUCGUUGCAAUAUCUCAAUCUUUCAGAUACAUCGUUGACACAAUUGUCUGUUGAAUUAAGCAGGCUGAAGAAACUGAAGUAUUUGAACUUGGAGCGGAACGGACGCCUAAAAAUGAUUCCAGGGCAAGUACUAUCUAAUCUUUCUGCAUUGCAAGUUCUGAGAAUGCUUAGAUGCGGUAGUCAUUUGUAUGAAAAGGCAAAAGAUAAUCUACUGGCUGAUGGUAAAUUGCAAAUAGAGGAGCUACAGAGUUUGGAGAAUCUGAAUGAGUUGAGCAUCACAAUCAAUUUUUCCUCUAUUCUACAGAGCUUCUUCAACAUGGACAGAUUUCUGAACUGUACUCGAGCUUUACUCCUAAUGUGCUUUGAUGCUCCAAGGUCCGUAGAUAUUUCAUUCUUAGCAAAUAUGAAGAAUCUAGGCAUCCUGGAAAUCCUAGCUAAUUCUUCCCUCGAAGUGCUAGAUGUUGGUAUUUUGACGCAAGGAACAUCACAAGUGCCCUCUGUCAUAUCAAGUAAGAAAUGCUUCGACAGCCUUCAAAGAGUAGUUGUGUAUAAUUGUCGUAAGUUGAGGGAGUUGACAUGGCUUAGUCUAGCUCCUAAUUUGGCAAUUCUGAGAGUUAAGUAUAACGAAAAUAUGGAAGAAAUCUUCAGCGUCAGAAUAUUGAUUGAAUUUGCUAUCAGAGGGAGUAUUAAUCUAAAACCACUGGCAAAACUCGAAUUUCUUGAACUGGGUAAAUUACCAAGGCUGGAGAGUGUACAUCCAAAUGCACUCUCCUUUCCUUUUCUAAAGAAAAUUAAGGUAUUUAAAUGCCCAAAGCUCAAGAAACUUCCAUUAAAUUCUAGCAGUGUAAAGGGAAGUGAAGUUGUGAUUGAGGCAGAGGCAAAAUGGUGGGAAGAUGUUGAAUGGGAGGAUGAUGCUACUAAAGCUGCCUUUCUACCCCAUUUCACGCAUUACACAACUCGACAGAGGAUGUGAUUUUCUUCUUCAUUUACGGAGAUAAAUUGACAAUGGAAGGGUGAAUUGGUAAAGCCCUGGCUGGAGUGCUGUUCUUGCCACAUGUUUCUUGGCUUGAUUCUUCUUCACCGACGGAAUGGUGCUUCUGCUGCUAAUAUGCUUUUUAUAAUUCUUAGCAUUGGAGCGCAGUGUCUCAAAUAUUAAGCCAUCCACAGAAAAGUACAUGUUGCUCCAGUCUUUUCAAGUCGUUAUGUUCUUUAUCUUGGCUUGUGGUGCUCGUUUGUCUUCAAUUUUUGUUUCUGCUGUUGCUUGCUCAUCUUAUAUGUAUGUAUAAAUCGUAAAAUGAAUAAUAAUACUCUUCUGUCAUCUUUCAGUAUUUUCAGAAA